GUUUUCCCUGGAACUUUUGUUUGGGUCCAGACUCCAGCCAUCGCAGCCGGGGGCUUCUUGGAAGGCGAGGCUGGGAGGAUCGGAGGGGAUCUGGGGCCCCAGGAGACCUCCCAGACCCAGCUGGGACUUGUGCCCCAGAGCCAUGGGAGAGCCGGAGGGGCUGCGGUCCUGGCUGAUGCUCCUGCUCUUGGCCUCUUUCUCCACCGAAGAUCUUAUUGAAGGUUCAAAGAGGUUGGUCAUGUCAUUAUCCUCAAAAUCAAGUUCACCUUCAGAGGAGUCAAAGACUGUACAUCGAUUAACCCGCUCCCUUCUUGAUGAGAUAAAUAAGACUUCCACAAUCUAUGCAUCGGCACGUCCAAUGGAGUCCAGGACGGUAAAAGCUAAUACAUUCACUUCUCCUGAGGGUGAUGGAACACACCCUCUUUGGUCCAUUAAGUUUAAUCCUACAGCAGGAAGGAUACAAAUUGCUGAACAUAUGGACAUAAAAUUUAAUUGCUCUAUCAGUGUUCCUAAAUCACUAAUCAACCAAGAUUCUGCAGUUAUUUCCUUGUGGAAGAAUGGGAAGGAGCUUCUUGAUGCUGACAGGAUAGCCAGCCAGUAUUACCAAUUUGAUGAUAAUGAAGAUAUUGCCAUGAUCUCUACCUUCAGUAUAAACAAUGUCCAGCGCUCUGAUAAUGGGUCUUAUAGAUGCAAACUGAAAGUCAACAGCGAUGAAAUAGUAUCAGGUCCUAUUUUGGUUUUGCUGGAAGGGCUGCCAUACUUCAUUAAGCAGCCCCAGGGGCUGAAUGUCACCCGAAAUACACCAUUCAAUCUCACCUGUGAAGCAGUGGGACCUCCUGAGCCUGUUGAGAUUCGCUGGCAUUGGAACAGCAGCUUAAUUUCUAAGAAAGAAGUAUCCCCAUCUGUCUUGAUCAUGACAGGUCUUAAUGAAACUGCUAUUUUCCAUUGUGAAGCUCAUAAUGAGAAGGGAGUCACGACAUCAACUGAAGCCCGAAUCAAUAUCAAAGGAAUCCCAUCUCCACCUGUCAAAGUGUCUGUCCAGAACAGAACAGCCCACAUGGUAGUAAUAUCUUGGGUCCCAGGUUCAGAUGGUUAUUCUCCUUUGAGCAGAUGCAGUGUUCAGGUGAAGAAGAUUGCUGAUGCAGACAAUGCUUCAGUGAUGAUUUUUAACACUUCUACCCCACCUCAUCAGUAUCGUAUUCUGAAUCUGAGGCCUUUGAACAAUUACAGCAUAUGUGUUUCUUGUAUGAAUGAAGUAGGAUGGUCUGGCUCUAGCCCCUGGAUUAUGGCCAGUACAACAGAAGGAGCUCCCUCUGCUCCCCCUGGGAAUGUCACCCUCUCCAUCAAUGAGUCAAGCUCUUCUGUGAUAAUCACUUGGAUUAAGCCUCCUGCCACAAUGAUGAAUGGUGAACUUCAAGGUUACAGUAUCUCAUAUAUGUGGCAGAAUUCAGCAUCUCACAAUCACUCUUCUCAUGUUGACAAAGAUACCAAUGCCAUCCACAUCCCGAUUGUGGCCACUAAUGCCACGUGCAUAGUGCGAGUAGCAGCAGUCACAAAUGGUGGAGUUGGGCCGUUCAGUGACCCAGUAGGAAUUUUUAUUCCAGGGAAUGGUGUGACAUCUACCACGUCUUCUUCAACUACAGAAUCUGGAAUAACAGAUUCACUUAUGAUAGUCCUUGGGUUUAUAUUUGGAGUUGUUAUCGUCGGCUUAAUCAUGUACGUGUCUGUGAUUGUCAGGAGAAAAUUGACAGAGGAGACUAAGUUUGGGUAUGCUUUCAGUAGUGAUGAGUCAGAACUGGCUGUCAGUUACAAAGCCAAGAAGUCCUACUGCCGCAGAGCUGUUGAACUCACACUGGGCAGCCUUGGGGUGAGUGAAGAGCUGCAGGAAAAGCUCCAGGAUGUUGUGAUUGUCAGGAACAACCUGUCCCUGGGGAAGAUCUUGGGAGAGGGAGAGUUUGGAUCAGUCAUGGAGGGGAAUCUCAGCAAUCCUGAUGGAACUAUUCAAAAAGUAGCUGUGAAAACUAUGAAAUUGGACAGCUUUUCCCAACGAGAAAUUGAAGAGUUCCUUCGGGAAGCUGCAUGCAUGAAAGACUUUGAUCACCCAAAUGUCAUCAAACUUCUUGGUGUGUGUAUAGAACCAAGUUCUCAGCAGGUUCCAAAACCCAUGGUGAUUCUCCCAUUCAUGAAAUAUGGAGAUUUGCAUAGCUUUCUCCUUCGCUCAAGGCUUGGAAUGGGCCCACAGUAUGUACCACUGCAAACUUUAUUGAAGUUUAUGAUCCACAUUGCUCUGGGGAUGGAGUACCUCAGUAACAAGCACUUCCUCCAUAGAGAUUUGGCUGCUCGAAACUGCAUGUUACGGGAUGAUAUGACUGUAUGUGUCGCAGACUUCGGUUUAUCCAAGAAGAUUUACAGUGGGGAUUAUUAUCGGCAAGGGCGCAUUGCAAAGAUGCCUGUUAAAUGGAUUGCAAUAGAAAGUCUUGCUGAUCGAGUCUACACAACAAAAAGUGAUGUGUGGGCUUUUGGAGUUACAAUGUGGGAGAUAGCUACACGAGGGAUGACGCCAUAUCCAGGAGUGCAGAAUCAUGAAAUAUAUGACUAUCUUCUUCAUGGACACAGACUGAAGCAGCCAGAAGACUGUUUAGAUGAGUUGUAUGAAAUAAUGUACUCAUGCUGGAGGGCAAAUCCUGUGGACCGACCCACCUUUUCAGAACUGAAGCUUCACCUGGAAAAGCUGUCUGAAACUUUGCCUGACUUGAACGAACCUGACAGCAUCAUUUAUAUCAACACAAGCUUGCUGGAAGAGAGUGUGGAUGAGCUGGGAGAAGAUGCCGAGUUUCCUCAGAUAGAUACGGACCUUGAUCCUGAUCACAUCAUAGAGUCUUGUUCUCAUAGACCAGAGACUACGGUAGUCACUGUUGACAUCCAUGAGAGCAAUGGGAUGGAGGACAGAUACAUUUUAAGUGGGGUUAGUGAGGAACAGAACUUAGCACGAACAGAAGAGGAUAUUCCUCUGCUCCCUGUGACUCCUUCACAGAAUGGGAUAUUGUGGUCUGAAGCGAGCACACUGCCUGUAGGAAGUGUGUUAACAGAUGAACUAAUGUAUGCGGAUGACUCUUUGGAGGACUCUGAAAUCCUUCUGUGAAACAAGGGACCCAUUUGAGCUAUAGCCCAGAGCUUCAGUUCAGCCAGAAAAUGUUUUGGGCAGCUCUUCUUGUUCAUGUGAUACAAAGCCAGUCCUAUGUAGCAAUCACUCCAACUCGUGUAUAGAAAAUGACUAUAGAUUCAGCUUUCCUCAACCAGGUACCCUCCAAUUGUGUUGAAUAUUUUUCCCUGCCAUGAUGACCAGGUUGACAAAGGCUGCUAUAGUAGCAACAUAUUUGUAUUAUAUGGUAUCUUUAUAGAGAUUAUAUUUUAAUAAACAACACCCUGUUAGGAUGGUCCAUUUUA